AUGGAUAACGGUGCUUCGGAUUCAAAUGCGGGCUCCCCAGAUCUGGACUUGGAGCGCAAUGAGACCAGCCACUUCUUGAUGAAUGGGUCUGUGUCGCGGUUUUCGUGGAGUGGACUCAAUGUUACUGUCAAGGAUCGGCAGACGAAGAGACCGCGUGAUUUGAUUCAUGAUAUCAGUGGUGAUGUGCGACAGGGGGAGCUGGUAGCUUUGAUGGGUCCUUCGGGGUGUGGGAAGACAACAUUGCUAAAUGUGCUGGCGAGGAGACCUGCUACUUCCGGUGCGAAAGUGACUGGAGAGACCUAUGUUAAUGGAGCCACGGUCGAGUCGGGUGCGUUUGGUCGUAUGACUUCGUAUGUUGAGCAGGAGGAUGCGUUGAUCGGGUCGAUGACUGUGCGGGAGACACUGAAGUUCGCGGCCGAUCUGUCGUUGCCUAGCUCUGUGUCGAAGCGUCAACGGAUGGAACGGAUUCGGACUCUCCUCGAGGCAUUUGGAAUCCAGAAGCAGGCAGACUCGCUUAUUGGGACUCCGAUUCGGAAGGGGAUCAGUGGAGGUCAGAAGCGGCGUGUCAGCGUGGCAAGCCAGUUGAUCACUUGUCCCAAGAUUUUGUUUUUGGAUGAGCCGACCAGUGGCUUGGACUCGACUGCGAGUUACGAGGUCAUUUCGUAUGUGAAGCAGCUGGCGAGGGAAAGCAAUAUCAUCAUCAUCGCUAGUAUUCACCAACCCUCGACGACGACGUUCCAGCUAUUUGAUAAGCUACUUCUCCUUUCAGCCGGACAGACAUGUUUCUUCGGUCCCGUUGCAAAUGUCGGAGAGUACUUCCGAGACAUUGGGCAUCCCAUCCCGGCCAAUACCAACCCGGCAGAGUUUCUUCUCGAUAUCGUGAGCUCGGACUUUAGUGCCUUGACUGAUGAUGCGGAUGCUCGAGUACAGCAGAUCCAAUCUGCUUGGAAGGAGUCUACAGAUGCACAGGCUGUGACCCAGAAAAUAAACGAGAGGUUGCGCAUGGCGGAGAAAGAAAUGGCAGUCGUCGUGGAUGAGUUAGCUCGGGCGGGAACUAUCAAAAUCAUCACGGCUCUCCUUCAUCGGUCAUUCAUCAAAAGCUACCGCGAUGUGGUUGCCUAUGGAAUUCGCAUUGUUAUGUACCUUGGUCUUGCGAUCAUGAUGGGGACGGUGUGGCUACGCUUACAUCCAUCUCAGGAUUAUAUCCAGCCGUUCAUCAAUGCAAUUUUCUUCGGAUCAGCCUUCAUGUCCUUCAUGGCCGUGGCAUAUGUCCCAGCCUUCCUCGAAGACCGAGCAACGUUCGCCAAAGAACGAGCCAACGGGCUCUACGGCGCAACGCCAUUCAUGAUCUCGAAUUUCCUCAUUGGACUACCUUUCCUGUUCCUGAUCGCAAUUCUAUUUUCGAUUAUAUCAUACUGGCUCUCAAACUUCCAACCCACGGCCCAAGCCUUCUUCACCUGGGUAAUGUGGCUCUUCCUGGAUCUCCUCGCCGCCGAGUCCCUAGUCGUCUUUGUCACUGCGAUCUUCCCAAACUUCGUCAUUUCCCUCGCGCUAGUUGCCUUCGCAAACGGACUCUGGAUGAGUGUGGGCGGGUUCUUGGUAACUCCGACGAUCCUCAAUCCUUUCUGGAAAUACGUGUUCCACUACAUCGACUAUCAAGCAUAUGUAUUCGAAGGGAUGAUGGUUAAUGAGUUUUCUGAGCGGAUUUAUUCGUGUGGUGAUGGGUGCCGGUGUCUGUAUGACACGGACUUGGCAUCGCAGUGCCAGAUUCGUGGGACUGCCGUGUUGGAGACUUAUGGGUAUGCGACUGGUCGGACAGGCAAAUGGGUUGGUAUUCUCAUUGGAAUCAUUGCUGUGUAUAGGUUGUUUGGCUGGAUCGCUCUGCAACUGCGCAGGAAUUGA